GUAUAGUGUAGAUAGUUCGAAAUUCAAAUGUAAUAACGUGUCAUACCAUAGUCUAUUUACCUUAACUGUCAAAAAAGAGAAAUGUCAAAAAUAAACGGUCAACGCGGUCAUUCGUGAUUGCAAGCUCGUGCGAAGCACAUCUUCCGUUAAAAUUUCAGUUAUUACAAUUCAGAAGUGGGAUAGGAACUCAUUUAAUUGCAAAUAUGCCGACGAAGGACGAAAUUUUGUGUGCUUUGGCUGCCGCCAACAUUGAAGUGUCCCCGACGGCAACCAUCUCACAGCUCCGUCGCAUGAACGAGGAAAAUGUAGCGAAAGCAGAGGAGUGUACAGUGAACAAUGGGGUCUCUUCCCAGGAAAACACGUGCAUCGAUGACGCCGUAACCUUAAACGAAGCUUCGGCGACGGUCGACACAAAGAUGGAGGAAUACACGCGAAACGGUGUUGGUAAUGAAGACACCAUCGUGAAACCCAUUGUUCACGAGGAAAUCAGUGAAGCCAGCCUUCGUUUCGAAUUGAUAGUACUACGGGAAAAAGUUAAGGCAAUGGAACUACGACAUCCAAAUACGGACGGAAGAUUGGCGCAUCCCGAAGAGGUAAAAUACCUAAUACCGGAAUUUUCCGACGGCCUAGGUAUCAGCCAGUGGUUGAAAACUAUUCAGCACAAUAGUGAAAUUUACGGCUGGCAAGACAGAACAAAACUGCUGUACGCAAGUGGUCGACUAACCGGAGCGGCUCGGGAAUGGUUUGAUGGGUUCCGCAACUCAAUAAAAACGUUCGAUGAGUUCACCGAUGAAAUAAAAAAGGCUUUUCCCGACCAAGCUAAUGAAGCUCUGAUACACAGUCAACUAGCGUCGGUGUCCAAGAAGCCAAGUGAAUCGUACAAUAGCUAUGUGUAUCGUGUGAAUGCGCUUGGGAAAAAAGGCAGAGUGAGCGAGGAAGCUAUAAUCACAUAGGCCAUCAAAGGGCUGUCUCGUGACCCAAUCUACAACUGCUUGAUCACAAGAGACUACAGUGAUAUCAAUGAGCUAAUAGAUUUCAUCAAACGUCGCGAAACGCACUUUCUGAUACGCAAAACACCAGAUAGCCGAAACCCAUCUACCUACAGUGUGAAUGCUUCGAAGUCGAACGCAGGCAAAGAGAUGGCAACAGAGCGAAGCGGACAGAGAUGUUACAACUGUUCGGACUUUGGGCAUCAUGCAUCGCAAUGUACAAAACCACGUCGUACUCCAGGUUCCUGUUUCAAAUGCGGAAGCACAACUCAUAUCAUCCGCAAUUGUCCCGAGAACACCAAACAUUCACCAACAGUAGCUGCAGUUCAGGGUAAUGAGGACGUUGGAGAGUUUGAAAACGAUGGAAAUGUACUUAAGCUGGAUCCCUUCCAAGAGUUCUAGGAGUUUUAUCAAUGAGAGCAUCAUUCCGGAACAACAAUUUGGUACUCCUCAACCCAGUCGAUUCCGUGGGAUAGGAAACAUACAACUAGAAAUUCUUGGAAAAAUUUAACUACGCAUACGCUUUCGAAAUGAAAUCUUCAAUCAUAUUUUUAUUCCUAAAUAAACUAAAAACCUAAAAAUUCCAUGUCAUUACCUUUGCUAAUAGGGAGGGAUUUAUUAUCAGAACUUUUAAUUUUCCUUGUUCAAUUUCGUAAAACUUAUACCAUUCCUGAAUUUUUUAUUCAUAAAGAACGGCCUGGCCGUAUUGCCAUUCCUGAAUUGAUGAAAUUAAAUGUGAAUAAUACAAUAAAGCCGGUUGUUUUCCAAAAGCUUCAAACUUUGGGUCUACUGCUUGAUUCGAUUAAGAAACCAAUUGGGGCACAUAAGGGAUUUGUUAUGUCUGAUUCCAAGAAUGUUACAAACUCCGAUUUCAUUCCAAAACAAUCUGAACACGGAAACAAUAGGUCUAAAGGACAAAAAAGCGAUAUGAAGUCAAUCAUAUUGAAUAAUUACGGAAACUACCCAGAAAAACAAGUUGUGCCAACAA